CAUCGGAGCUGUAAACAGUGUCCCUGCACUCUUGAGCACUGUCAUGGCGUGGUCCAGGAACCUGGUUGAUGUUUUGGUGGCGAUUGUCGGGCUUUUGGCCUGUCAUGCUGUGGCCCAGCAAUGGAUGGGGGCUCUGAACCGCAACCCUCCUGCCUCGCUCCCUCGGAAACAGGCGGGGGCCCCUCUGCAAGCGACUCAUGUCGACAGAUGCCAAGUGGAGCACAGUGAGAUGAUCCAGUGCGGAACCCGCGACAUCACCCGGGAGCAAUGCGGCGCCAUCAACUGCUGCCACAAUGGACACCAGUGCUAUUACGGCAAAGCGGUGACUGUGCAGUGCACAAGAGAUGGCCAAUUUGUGGUGGUGGUGGCUCGUGACUCUACAUCGCCCCCAGUGGAUGUGAACUCAAUCAGCCUGAUGGAAAUGAACGACCCCACUUGCAAUGCCGUUGACACCACUGCCACAUUUGCUAUCUUUCAGUUCCCCAUGACCAUGUGUGGCACAACAAUCAAGGAGGAGGACAACUUUGUGGUGUAUGAGAACCAUAUGUCAUCAUCGUAUGAAGUGGGAAUUGGCCCCAGAGGCUCAAUCACCAGGGACAGCCAUUUUGAGUUACUGUUCCAGUGCAGAUAUUCUGGCACCGCUGUUGAAGCUCUGGUCGUGGAGGUCAAUGACCUUCCUCCACCUGAGUCAGUUGCUGCUGCUGGGCCCCUCAGAGUGGAGCUCAGAUUGGCCAAUGGAGAGUGUUUCACAAAGGGUUGUGUUGAAGAAGAGGCAGCAUACAACUCCUUCUACACUGCGGCGGACUACCCAGUCACCAAAGUUCUGAAGCAACCAGUGUAUGUGGAGGUCCGCAUCCUUGAGAGGUCUGAUCCAAACAUUGUUUUGAACUUGGAGCGGUGCUGGGCCACCACAGCUCCCAACCCAAACAGCGUUCCUCAGUGGGAUCUUCUGGUUGAUGGGUGCCCCUACCACGAUGACCGCUACCAGACUAUUAUGGUGCCUGUGCGGGAGUCUUCAACCAUAGAAUACCCAACACACUACAAGCGUUUCAUCUUUAAGAUGUUUACCUUUGUUGAUCCUAAGUACUACAGUCCCCAGAAGGACAGGGUUUUCAUCCACUGCUCUACAGCUGUGUGCAACCCCACCAGCGCAAACUCCUGCGCCCAGUUAUGCCAUCAUCGACAUGAACCUGGAACUCGUAUCUCUCAAAGCCAGGACGUGGUCUCAAGCAACCAGGUGAUUUUGACUCCAGUGCGGGGUUUCUCCAGUGAGCCGCUGAAAAAAUGGAGAUGACCACCUCCCCCAAAGCUGGUCAUGACAUUUAAUAAAGGCUUGUUAAAACUA